UAAGUCGCCGUAUACUAGGAACAGCACUGCAGUCGUGGUUCAGCAUUGCAACAGCAGCAAGUCAUUUCUGAGUCCACGCUACCCAAUGGACAAUGGCACAAGAGGAGGAAAAAGAACUGCUCUCUUGUAAGACCAACGAAGCAACCAGUGACGGUGAACGGAAAUCAGAACUGUGUAGUCGCAGUUCUCUUUUAAUCUCACAAGCAGUUAAUAGAAGUAUCUUUAAUAUAAAAGCAUCACCUACCACUGAGAGAAUCUUCUCCACUUUAGUUGAAGAGGAUGAACCCAAGAUUCCCCCAUUGUUCACUGAAUUAGAUGAACUUAUUCCGAUUAAUGGGAAAACAUUUAUUUGGAAGGAAACAACAAGGUGGAUAAAGUUUGAGGAAAAAAUAGAAGAAGGAGGUGAAAGAUGGAGCAAGCCUCAUGUAGGCACCCUGUCUUUACACAGUCUAUUCGAGCUACGUACCUGCAUAGAAAAGGGAACACUUCUGUUUGAUGUAGAGGCUAAAAGCUUUAAGGAGAUAUUAGAGACAAUAGUCAACAAUGAAAUUAUAAACGGCAAUCUCAGAAGUGAGCUCAAGGAAAAAGUCACCUAUAUCCUUCUUCGGAGUCACAAGCAUCACACAAAAAAGACCAGGAUACAGGCCAUGGUUGACCUAGGGAGGAGAAUUUCCUGCACAAGUGCAUCUGCUCCCAUGAAUUAUAAUACAACUACAGGCUUUUCCAAUGAAAUAUCAGAUAAACCUCUCCAGGAACAGCUGAAAAAUAAAUUCAAGAAACACGUCCCGGAGGGUGCUGAAGCCAUUAAUGUGCUUGUAGGUGAAGUAGACUUUCUCGAAAAGCCAUUUGUUGCCUUUGUUCGACUAAAACAGGCAGUAAUCCUUGGGGCCCUUUCAGAAGUGCCACUGCCAACCAGAUUUUUGUUCAUUCUUCUUGGGCCAAUAGCAAAAGCUACGAUUUAUCACCACAUUGGCAGAGCUGUUGGAAUUUUGCUUACAGAUGAGUUAUUCCAUAUUGUGGCAUUCAAAGCAAAAGUGAGAGAGGACCUUCUCGUUGGAUUUGAUGAUUUCCUUGAUGAAGUGACUGUGCUUCCUCCAGGGAGGUGGGAUCCUACGCUACGAAUAGCCCCACCGAAGGUUCUUCCAUCAGUACACAAAAGAAAAUCUGCAUAUUCCCGUAGUUCUAAAUCUUACAUUCACAAAGGAGGCCGUGUUCACCCUGAGGAGAGUUAUGGCAGUACUCUGCAUGUUGCUGAAGAUUUGAAAAAAACAGGAAAGUUUUUUGGGGGAUUCAUUAAUGACAUCAAAAGGAAAGCACCGUGGUUUGCCAGUGACUUCUAUGAUGGGAUGAAUCUCCAGUGUCUUUCAGCCAUCCUCUUCAUCUAUUUGGCCAGUGUAACAAACGUAAUUACAUUUGGAGGAAUAUUGGGUGAUGCAACUGAUAAUAUGCAGGGAGUCAUGGAAAGCUUUCUUGGAACAGCAAUUGCUGGAGCAGUAUUUUGUCUCUUUGCGGGACAGCCAUUGACUAUUCUUGGCAGUACCGGCCCUGUGUUGGUUUUUGAGCGCCUCCUAUUCAGCUUCAGCAGUGAUUAUAAGCUUGAUUAUUUGGAGUUUCGUCUUUGGAUUGGAUUAUGGACAGCAUUCUUUUGCCUCCUCCUGGUUGCCACAGAGGCCAGCUACCUAAUCCAGUACUUCACACGUUUCACCGAGGAAGGCUUCUGCACACUAAUCAGCUUCAUUUUUAUCCACGAUGCUUUCAAGAAAAUGCUUAUUCUGGCCAGGAAUUAUCCGAUCAAUUCUGGUUAUAACAUUGACCAUGUUACACGAUAUCACUGCUCUUGUCUAUCCUCUGAAAGAGAUAAUGUCUCCAGUCUAUUUGCCAAAACAACUGAGGAUCACUAUGAACUUGGCAGUGCCACCUCGAAUACAACUUUCUACCUGGAGCCUGGUAACUGGUCUUCACUGACAAAGAAGGAGUGUUUGAAGUUUGGAGGAGAGCUGCUGGGUGAAACCUGCGAUUAUAUUCCAGACAUUGCACUCAUUUCUUUUAUCCUUUUCUUUGGUACAUUUGUUUGUUCCAUGUCACUGAAGAACUUUAAAACAAGCCGAUACUUCCCAACUGCAGUCAGAAAAUUAAUCAGUGAUUUUUCCAUAAUUUUGUCAAUACUGAUCUUCUGUGGAGUUGAUAUCCUCGUUGGUGUGGACACUCCCAAACUCAUCGUGCCAAAUGAGCUUAAGCCAACAAACCCAAACAGAGGGUGGUUUGUGUACCCAUUUGGAGCGAAUGAAUGGUGGAUCUGUCUCAUUGCGAUUGUGCCUGCUGUACUUGUCACAAUACUCAUGUUUAUGGAUCAGCAGAUUACUGCAGUCAUCCUGAACCGCAAAGAACAUAAACUCAAGAAAGGUGCUGGCUUUCACCUAGACCUGUUCUGGAUAGCUCUCCUUUUGAUUCCUACUUCAUUCAUGGCUCUGCCCUGGUACGUGUCUACAACUGUAAUAUCCCUUGCGCACAUAGAAAGCUUGAAAAUGGAGACUGCAAAAUCUGCCCCUGGUGUAGAACCCACAUUUAUGGGAGUGAGGGAACAGAGAGUGACUGGACUGGUUAUUUUUAUUCUCAUUGGUUUAUCCCUCUUCCUGGCUCCAAUUCUGAAGUAUGUGCCAAUGCCAGUACUGUAUGGAAUCUUUAUGUAUAUGGGAGUGUCUGCUCUCAGCAGUGUUCAGUUUAUGGACAGACUGAAGUUGCUACUGACCCCUCCAAACCACCAGCCUGAUCUAAUAUACCUGCGCCAUGUCCCACUGCGCCGAGUUCAUUUAUUCACGUUAAUUCAGAUCUUGUGUUUGGUUGUGUUGUGGGUGCUGAAAUCAACAGAUGCUGCAAUCAUCUUUCCAGUUAUGCUCCUGGCUUUGGUGGGGGUACGGAAGGCCAUGGAAUGUAUCUUCAGUAGACAUGACCUAAGCUGGCUUGACGAUGUAAUGCCUGAGAGAGUGCGAAAAGAAGUGGAAGAAAAGAAAGCAGAGAAGGAUGUUUCAAGCAUUGAGAGUGAAGAUUCUGAAUACCAGUAUCUACAAAAAGCACCUGACAUAAAUAUCUCCUUGAACUGAAAAAAAUUAAACGAUUGCACACUGCUCAGAGUAAUGUUCUCAAUGAAAGAGAUGUGAAAUGUUGAUAUCUAACAUUGGAAGCAGUUGCUGGAAGAAGUAAAAAUAAAUCAAAUUAAAUGCAAAGUGAAAACUAACUCUUUGACUAACUACAUUGAAAAAUGGUUGCUUAUUGUGUUUUUCCCUAAUCAUUUAAUACAAUUCUUUUAAAUCUAUGAUAUCUUCAACUGGGGUACCCACUCUUGAGUUAAAACAUUGUUUUUACAUUGAACAGUGAAUGGUCACGUUUCAAUUGCACCCUUGUUUACAGUACUUGUUGUAAAGGGAUCUUUGAAGUUGCAUUGAUCAAGAGGGAGUAUGAUUAAGUGAGAAUUUUAAAAUAUUUGCGGGGGAAAAGUUUACACAUGAUCGUUCACAGAUUGGAAAGAAAAUGUUUGAUUUUUUUUUUAAUGUUUGUGCCCUAUAUCUUUAAAAGAGUAAUUUUAUUUUAUCAUCCAUUUUCAAAUGUACUUGGACUGGCAACUUUUUCUCAAGUAUAAUGUGCAAAGUACAUUUUAAUAUUAACUCUAGCAGCAGGAUGUCAUAUAUACACUUCCUCUUUUUAUUUUGCUAAUUGAAAUCCUGAUACCUAUAAAAUUGAAACAACAUUUCAUUCCAGUAGUCAUGAUUAAAAUAUAAUAGGCUUGGAAAUUUGGGGGACAAGGCUGCCUUAGUGUUAAACUGGCGUUCCCAUCUAAAUCCUACAAAUAAAUAUAUUUUUUGUUUUAUUCAUUCAUUUCUUCGUUGCUGGCAAGAGCAAAAUUUAUUGUCAAGUCUAAAUUUUACAUGGUGGUGGUGAGCCACCUGUAAAGAUACUUCCACAAAAUAGUUUUCAUUAUUCCACUGUAUAGUAUACAGAACAUUACAGCAUAAAAACAGGCAUUUUGGCCCACAAUGUCUGUGUGAACUAGAUGCUUUAGACUUUAGAGAUACUGUGUGGAAUCAUGGCCCACUGAGUCUGUGCCGACCAGCGAUCACUCCGUACACUAGCACUAUCCUACACACUUGAGACAAUUUACAAUUUAUAGAAGCCAAUUAAUCUUCAAACCUGUAUGUCUUUGGAGGAAACCAGAGCACCCAGGGAAAACCCACGCAGUCACAGGGAGAAUGUACAAUUUCCAUACAUACAGCAUCCGUAGUCAGGAUCCAACCCAGGUCUCUGGUACUAAGGCAGCAACUCUACCACUGGGCCACUGUGCUUACUUAAACUAAUCCAUUCUACCUGCACGCACUCCAUAUUCCUUGCAAUAUUCAUGUGCCUAUCUAAAAGGCUCUAAAACACCUGCUAUUGCACCGACAAAGGUACAGUCCUGAAGAUAAAAAUUGCUUGUGUUUCAUAUCAUCCUUUGUUUAAAUUUGAUACGGUGAGAAUUGUUGUAAAGUAGAAUGUAUUAGAUAGUGUACUUUGCUAUUUCACUGGGUUUGAGCUAGAAAGCAAUGUAAAAUAGUUAACAUAGCCUGAAGAAGGGCCCUGACCCAAAACAUAGUCUGUCCAUUCCCUCCACCAAUGUUGCCUGACCUGCUGAAUUACUCCAGCACUUUGUAUUUUGCUAAAGGAGUUAACAUCUUCACAUGCUCCCUGCACAAACAAGUACACAACAUGCAACUUGUCAUCAUUUAGAACUGAUUUAAAACCAAAUUGACUUCCAAGUCAACAAACUGUACAACAUACUAAUUGUGGGCCUCAAUACAUGACCAGCUCAGUUAAAUGCAAAGUUCACACUGCCAAAAUUUAGAUUUUCAAUUUUAAAGGAUUAGUUACUAGAGAAAAUUGAAGGACCAUCAACUUUUUUUAUGGUUUCAUGUACAAUCUGAACCAAUAUAGGCAGGAGCAGUUCAGUGCAGCAAAGCUAAUUUAACAUUUAUGCAUGAACAGAAAAAGAAGGCAUAUCUGAAAUUUAAAAUAUAUAAAGUAGAUGUAAAUGAGUUCAUAAAGAUAUUAUUUUUCUCAUUGUCUCACUGGUAAUGCAAAUAACAACUUGCACUCAUAUUACAUCUUUAACAUUAUAAAAUGCCCCUAAGGCAUUCAGAGGAAAAUAAUCAAACAAAAAUUAAACAUAUGGAAAAACAGUCAAAACAUAUACAGUAUAUUAAGGAACACUUUAAAUGAAGAAAAAAAUAGAGAGGAUUAAUGUAAGAUUAGUGUAAAUGGCUGUUUGAUGUUCAGUGCAGAUAGUGGGAACGUUUCCGUGCUAUAUUCCCUAACUCUGAGGUGUAGGGUGGAGAAGUCAAAUCGCACUUUGGGCCCAUUCACCUGAAGGCACAGUUGAACAAUUAAAAUCAGAGUGCACAAGAGUCCAAAAUUGGAAGAGAGUCCAAAAAUUAAAGGAUAAUAGAAUUGCAGGAGUGUGUAAACUGUGUGUUUAAAGGUAAGCAAGCACAGGGUGUGAUUUGUAAACUGGUGUUGGUGUGAGUUAGGAAUGGUUGUUAGAGUUUUGGAUGAGAUUAUAUUUGUGUAUAUUCAAGCUCCGGAAGCCUGCCAGGAGAAUACUGGAAUAGUUGCAAGGGAGGGAGGCCGUGUUCAAUUUGAACAAGACUAUACUGUUACUAGUUUACAAUUUGAUUAUUCUGUAUUAGUUAGGUAUCUUAAUUUAAGUGAUAUAUAAGCUCUAAGAAUACAUUCACCCUGUGAUCACGUAGGUUUCCUCCGGGUGUUCCAGUUUCCUCCCAGAUCCCAAAGACUUGCGAGGUUGUAUGUUAAUUGAUCUCUGUAAAUUGCUCCUCGUGUGUAGGCAGUGGAUACAAAUGUGGGAUAAGAUAGAUCUCAUAUGAAUGGGUGAUCGAUGGUUGGCUUGGUCUCAAUGGGCCAAAGAGCCUGUAUCCAUGCUGUCUCUAAACUAAACUAAAUUAGAUAGGUCUUCAAAGCUAUGAAGAACCGUAACAAAAUAAAUUAUUGUUUCCAAUAAUGCAACAUUGAAAUGGCCCAAAUGUAACUUAAUUAAUGGACAAAUGAAGUAAAGAUUAGGAAAACUAUACAGUGGGUAGUUUGAACGUGAGAUUCUCUGCAGCAAACGGUUGUUGCAGCAGUUUACAAAUUAUUUU